AUGAGGGGGUUUGCUGGUCAUCAUUGUUCCAUGCUCCCCCCUCUCACACUCCACCCUUCCCCAUUUCUCUCUCCUCCUGCCCUCCCUUCUUCCCGCCAUCACCAGGUGAUGCAGCGCGAGUGGCAGCACUACCUACUGGCCAAAGCUGACCUCAUGAAGGCGAACCUUCCCAGACGGAGGCAUGCGGCAGCUUCCGCUGCUACUGGCGCUGCCGCUGGCAAUGCUAGCAGUAGCGGUGGCAGAGGUAACGGUGGCAACAGCAGCAGCCGGAGUGGAGGAAAUGGCGCUUCUAGAAACGAGAGCGGCAUGGACUCGUUCCAGAGAGAGCAGCUGCUGCUGCUGGCGGCAGCGAAGCAAGUGAGGAGGGAAAUGGAGGAGGAGAGGGGAGGGGAGUUGGUGAUGGCUGGGAGGGAAGAGGAGGAGAGUGGGGGGUUGAGAGGGGAGGUAGCAAGAGGAGGGCGGAUGCAAGGAGGGGCGAGGGGGGAUGGGAGAGUGAGGGGGGAAAGUGGGGGUGCAGGGGCAAGGGGAGGGGGUGGGGGGGAGGGGGAGAGGGAGGAGAGGGAGGGGAAAAAGGGGGGUGGAGGUGGGUUUGAGGAUGGGAACGAGGUUCAAGAGGUGCAGGGGGGAGCUGACAGGGAGGAAAGGGAGAAUGCGGAGGGAGACGCACGGGAUGGGGGAGGUGACGGGGAGGGGGUGAAAGAGAGGAGAGAGGAGAGGGGAAACGGUAGUGAGGAGGACAAGGGUGGUGAUGAGGGAACAGAGAGGGAGGGGAGUGAGAAGGGAGAGAGGUGGAGAGGGAAGGGGAGAGGGCGAGGGAGAGGAGGGACCAGAGGGAGGAAAAGUGGUAGGGUGUCUGGAGCACGGGGGAGGGGACUGGGAGGAGAGAGUAAGAGGAAACGAGGAGGGAUGGAAGAAAGCUUGCAGGAGCAAGAGCAAGGGGAGGCGGAGGAAGGGGAGGAGGAGCAGGAGGAAGGGGCUAGAUUGGCCAGCAUUGGCAAUAAUGACAAGGAUGGUGAUGAUGAUAGUGAUAGUGAUACUGAUGUGGUUCUUAUAGAGGAAGUUGAGGCAAUAGUGGGGGACGUUGCGGCAUUAGUGGGGGCCGGCGCACCGCGCAACCCCACCCCACAUCCCGUCCCCCCACACCCCGACUCCUCCGUCUCCCUCCCCGCCCGCAUCCGCCUCGAGUUUGUCCCACCAUCGGCCAAUGGGAGGCUGCCAGCUGUGCACCUGUGCACUCUGGAGGGCGCAUCCCACGUGCUGGAGCGGCUACAGCCGGGCGUGGUGGUGGUCUAUGAUCCCGACAUAGAGCUCGUUCGCCAGAUCGAAGUAUUUCACGCCGCCCGGGCGAGGGCUUGGGCAGGUGCGGCGGGCAGGGAAGAAAGUGGGGCGGCUGCUUCGGAAGCUGCCCAGGAGGGAGAAGGUGGUUCAGAGGGGGGAAGGGGGGAUGGCGUGUGUGGAGUCAGGGGGAGAAUAAAAGAGCCUGGCGAAGGGGGAUCAGUCAUGGGUGCUGCUGCUGCUGCUAGUGCUGCUGGUGCUAGUACUGCUGUCCCUGCACGGUCACAGCAGCAGCCUCCCCUGAGGGUGCUCUUCCUGUUCCACGAGGGGUCCACGGAGGGCCACAAGUUUGAGGCGAGCGUGCGGCGCGAGAACGGGGCGUUCGAGCAGCUCAUCAGACAAAAGGCGGUUAUGACCAUCCCGGCAGAGCAGGUGCGUGGGUGGUUUCUUGCACUGCCUACCAGCAGCAACACAGCAGCCGACCACGUGCGCCCCCUUCCUCCGCUUCUCCCCAACAUACACGUGGCUCUGGCUUACCUCUCUCCUCUCUCUGGCUUACCUCUCUCCUCUCUCUGCCUUACCUCUCUCCUCUCUCUGGCUUACCUCUCUCCUCUCUCUGGCUUACCUCUCUCCUCUCUCUGGCUUACCUCUCUCCUCUCUCUGGCUUACCUCUCUCCUCUCUCUGGCUUACCUCUCUCCUCUCUCUUGCUUCCUCUCAUCCUCAUUCAUCUCGACGGCCGGUCUACCACAGACUACACGCAUAUGGCCUUGCCUCCUCCGCCUCUCACGCACCCACCUGUGUUCUCUGACAUGAUUCUUUCCUCUCUCUUGCUCAUUCUCAUUCUCUAUCAGGACGGCAGGUCUACCACAGACUACACGCAUAUGGCCUUGCCUCCUCCGCCUCUCACGCACCCACCUGUGUUCUCUGACAUGAUUCUUUCCUCUCUCUUGCUCAUUCUCAUUCUCUAUCAGGACGGCCGGUCUACCACAGACUACACGCAUAUGGCCUUGCCUCCUCCGCCUCUCAUGCACCCACCUGUGUUCUCUGACAUGAUUCUUUCCUCUCUCUUGCUCAUUCUCAUUCUCUAUCAGGACGGCCGGUCUACCACAGACUACACGCAUAUGGCCUUGCCUCCUCCGCCUCUCACGCACCCACCUGUGUUCUCUGACAUGAUUCUUUCCUCUCUCUUGCUCAUUCUCAUUCUCUAUCAGGACGGCCGGUCUACCACAGACUACACGCAUAUGGCCUUGCCUCCUCCGCCUCUCACGCACCCACCUGUGUUCUCUGACAUGAUUCUUUCCUCUCUCUUGCUCAUUCUCAUUCUCUAUCAGGACGGCCGGUCUACCACAGACUACACGCAUAUGGCCUUGCCUCCUCCGCCUCUCACGCACCCACCUGUGUUCUCUGACAUGAUUCUUUCCUCUCUCUUGCUCAUUCUCAUUCUCUAUCAGGACGGCCGGUCUACCACAGACUACACGCAUAUGGCCUUGCCUCCUCCGCCUCUCACGCACCCACCUGUGUUCUCUGACAUGAUUCUUUCCUCUCUCUUGCUCAUUCUCAUUCUCUAUCAGGACGGCCGGUCUACCACAGACUACACGCAUAUGGCCUUGCCUCCUCCGCCUCUCACGCACCCACCUGUGUUCUCUGACAUGAUUCUUUCCUCUCUCUUGCUCAUUCUCAUUCUCUAUCAGGACGGCCGGUCUACCACAGACUACACGCAUAUGGCCUUGCCUCCUCCGCCUCUCACGCACCCACCUGUGUUCUCUGACAUGAUUCUUUCCUCUCUCUUGCUCAUUCUCAUUCUCUAUCAGGACGGCCGGUCUACCACAGACUACACGCAUAUGGCCUUGCCUCCUCCGCCUCUCACGCACCCACCUGUGUUCUCUGACAUGAUUCUUUCCUCUCUCUUGCUCAUUCUCAUUCUCUAUCAGGACGGCCGGUCUACCACAGACUACACGCAUAUGGCCUUGCCUCCUCCGCCUCUCACGCACCCACCUGUGUUCUCUGACAUGAUUCUUUCCUCUCUCUUGCUCAUUCUCAUUCUCUAUCAGGACGGCCGGUCUACCACAGACUACACGCAUAUGGCCUUGCCUCCUCCGCCUCUCACGCACCCACCUGUGUUCUCUGACAUGAUUCUUUCCUCUCUCUUGCUCAUUCUCAUUCUCUAUCAGGACGGCCGGUCUACCACAGACUACACGCAUAUGGCCUUGCCUCCUCCGCCUCUCACGCACCCACCUGUGUUCUCUGACAUGAUUCUUUCCUCUCUCUUGCUCAUUCUCAUUCUCUAUCAGGACGGCCGGUCUACCACAGACUACACGCAUAUGGCCUUGCCUCCUCCGCCUCUCACGCACCCACCUGUGUUCUCUGACAUGAUUCUUUCCUCUCUCUUGCUCAUUCUCAUUCUCUAUCAGGACGGCCGGUCUACCACAGACUACACGCAUAUGGCCUUGCCUCCUCCGCCUCUCACGCACCCACCUGUGUUCUCUGACAUGAUUCUUUCCUCUCUCUUGCUCAUUCUCAUUCUCUAUCAGGACGGCCGGUCUACCACAGACUACACGCAUAUGGCCUUGCCUCCUCCGCCUCUCACGCACCCACCUGUGUUCUCUGACAUGAUUCUUUCCUCUCUCUUGCUCAUUCUCAUUCUCUAUCAGGACGGCCGGUCUACCACAGACUACACGCAUAUGGCCUUGCCUCCUCCGCCUCUCACGCACCCACCUGUGUUCUCUGACAUGAUUCUUUCCUCUCUCUUGCUCAUUCUCAUUCUCUAUCAGGACGGCCGGUCUACCACAGACUACACGCAUAUGGCCUUGCCUCCUCCGCCUCUCACGCACCCACCUGUGUUCUCUGACAUGAUUCUUUCCUCUCUCUUGCUCAUUCUCAUUCUCUAUCAGGACGGCCGGUCUACCACAGACUACACGCAUAUGGCCUUGCCUCCUCCGCCUCUCACGCACCCACCUGUGUUCUCUGACAUGAUUCUUUCCUCUCUCUUGCUCAUUCUCAUUCUCUAUCAGGACGGCCGGUCUACCACAGACUACACGCAUAUGGCCUUGCCUCCUCCGCCUCUCACCCACCCGGCUGCUGCGAACGCUAUCACAAGAAGAGGAGGAGGGCGGAGAGCUGCAGAGCGACAAGAAUUGAGGGUGGUGGUGGACAUGAGGGAGUUCAACAGCAGCCUCCCCUGCGUGCUGCACCAGCGGGGCAUCAAGAUCCUCCCGGUGACCCUCGAAGUGGGCGACUACAUCCUCUCGCCCGACAUCUGUGUGGAGCGCAAGAGCGUCAGCGACCUGUUUGCCUCCUUUGCGUCGGGGCGCUUGCACCACCAGGCGGAGACCAUGUGCCGCUACUACCGCCUGCCAGUGCUGCUGAUCGAGUUCUCCAGUGACAAGAGCUUCUCUUUGCAGUCAGCGAGUGACAUCAGCGAUGACAUCACCCCAUCCAGCAUCAUAUCCAAGAUGUCGCUACUCGCGCUGCACUUCCCGCGCCUGCGGAUCGUGUGGUCCAGAUCGCUCCAUGCGACAGCUGAGAUCUUCACGUCGUUGAAGACCAAUCAGGACGAGCCAAGUGUCGACCAGGCGAUGAGGGUCGGCGUGCCGACGGAGGAAGGGCUGGUGGAGGGUGACACGAG